UGAAUAGUUCCCAUACUCCCCCUCACCUAACAAUAAACCCUGAAAAACACGCACACUUUCCCUCCUCUUUCCCCCUCUCCGCCGCCACGUCACCAUGAACAUCUCAACCCUAAGACUCGAUUCCACCUCAAUCACCACCGCCACAUCAUCAUCAUCAUCAAAGUUGACUCACCGGAGUGGGACCCUCAGUUACAAUGGGAGUAAUAAUUGUAGGUUCCUUCAGUUCCAGCAAAGGAAGAAUAAGAAGAAUUCUUCAAUUAUCGUUUGUUCGACAAAACCGGUUGCAUCGGUAACCGUUGACCAUCAGGCGGUCAACGAGUCAGGACUGAGUCGAAUUGAGUCAUUGAGUCAGGUAUCAGGUGUGUUAGGUUGUCAAUGGGGUGAUGAAGGAAAAGGAAAACUUGUUGAUAUUUUGGCUAAGCAUUUCGAUAUUGUUGCUCGUUGUCAGGGAGGAGCCAAUGCUGGGCACACCAUUUACAAUUCUGAGGGGAAGAAGUUUGCUCUGCACCUUGUCCCUUCAGGGAUUCUCAAUGAGGAAACACUAUGUGUUAUUGGUAAUGGAGUUGUGGUGCAUCUACCAGGACUCUUUAAAGAAAUUGAUGGUCUUGAAUCUAAUGGAGUCUCUUGCCAAGGAAGGAUCUUGGUAUCUGAUCGUGCUCAUUUGUUAUUUGAUUUUCACCAAGAAAUAGAUGGGCUUAGAGAAGCUGAGCUAGCUAAAUCCUUUAUCGGAACCACUAAGAGAGGCAUUGGGCCUUGCUAUUCAAGCAAGGUUAUUCGAAAUGGCAUAAGAGUAAGUGAUUUAAGGCAUAUGGACACAUUCCCCCAAAAGCUUGAUCUGUUAUUAUCAGAUGCCGCUUCAAGAUUCCAAGGUUUUAAGUAUAGCCCUGAAAUGCUCAAGGAAGAAGUGGAACGCUAUAAGAAAUUUGCUGAGAGAUUGGAACCGUACAUUACAGAUACUGUACACUUCAUGCAUGAUGCUAUAUCUCAGAAAAAGAAGAUUUUGGUAGAAGGUGGUCAGGCAACUAUGCUAGAUAUCGAUUUUGGGACAUACCCUUUUGUCACUUCAUCCAGUCCAUCAGCUGGUGGAAUCUGCACAGGUCUUGGCAUUGCUCCCAGAGUUGUUGGUGAUCUUGUUGGUGUGGUUAAGGCAUAUACCACAAGAGUCGGUUCUGGUCCUUUCCCAACAGAAAUCAUGGGCAAAGGUGGUGAUCUUCUUCGUUUUGCUGGGCAGGAGUUUGGCACAACUACUGGACGCCCGCGUCGCUGUGGUUGGCUAGACCUAGUCGCACUGAAAUUUUGCUGUCAAAUAAAUGGAUUUGCUUCUCUGAACCUAACAAAACUGGAUGUGCUGUCAGAUCUAUCAGAAAUUCAGUUGGGUGUCACUUACAGGCAUCCUGAUGGUUCAACAUUAAACUCUUUUCCUUCUGAUCUCAAUCUUCUUGAACAAAUAAAGGUGGAGUAUGAAGUUUUGCCUGGAUGGCAGACUGACAUUUCUUCCAUCAGGAAGUACUCUGACUUGCCUAAGGCUGCACGCGAGUAUGUAGAAAGGAUAGAGGAGCUAGUCGGGGUACCUAUCCAUUACAUUGGUAUUGGGCCUGGUCGUGAUGCCCUUAUCUACAAGUGAUUUUAGAUUUUUUCGUCAUAUUGCCAGAAUGAAUUCUUCAAACUGCUGGUAAACCUUAGGCUAAACUUGUAGUAACACCAAGAAUUAUCAAUUUGAUGCCAUUGGUUAAAUGUAACAAUCAUGUAUUUGUUGUCUUUAAAGUUAGAUCCAACCCCCCCCCCCCCCCCUUUCUUUUCUUCCUUGUUGAACCUGUCAAGGGGAAUAGUCAGUUAGGAAUGCCACCAGCGUCCUUGAGUUUUGAA